CGGGCUAACUCAUCGGACUCCUCACCUCACUCCACGCGCCCAGCAGCCGUGCCGUACCGUGCCAAAGCGGGCAUGACAAGAACCGGACCAUAGAGCAACACGUGUGGGCGCAGUAAUGGAGAAGCAUCCGAGGCUCCUAAGGUCGAGGCUCUUCCGGGGACACACGCAGGUGGAGGUGGCCCUGAAUAACAGUGCGUUGGGCUGGAGGGACACUGACCGGAGCAGAAAACGAAGCUCAGGAUUCAGCAGCUUAUCCGGAACAGCUCACAGUCACGUUGUUCCGGUGUGCGAGAUAGUUGCCGUCUGCAAGACUGAAGAUGACAACACAAAGAAGAAGAAGCUCGGCUCCCAGCUGUAUCCCCAUGCAUUCACAGUUUACUACGUGAGGAGGACGCGGCAGCACCAGUGGGGCUGUAGUGACGUCACCUUCCACUGCGCAGAUCUGAUGCUCUGUGAACAGUGGGUCCAAGUUAUCAAUGAGCAGUUGUCACUACUCACCAACCGGCCGAGGAGCCUCCUGGUGUACAUCAAUCCCAUUGGCGGAAAGCAGCGCGGGACGCGUAUUUACGAGCAGAAGGUGGCUCCACUCUUUCGCCGCGCCUGCAUCUCGGCCGAUGUGAUUGUUACAGAUAGUGCCAAUCAUGCCAGGGACCACUUGAAAACAGAGGCCAUUCUGGAUAAAUAUGAUGGGGUGGUGUGUGUUGGUGGAGAUGGCAUGUUCAGUGAGAUCCUGCACGGAUUGGUCACCAGGACCCAGACUGACCAUGGUGUAGACCAGAACCAACCAGAAGCUGAGCUGGUGCCGUGUUCUCUGCGCAUAGGGAUCAUUCCUGCAGGGUCCACCGAUUGCAUCUGCUUUGCCACAGUGGGAACCAACGAUCCAGUUACUUCUGCUCUACACAUCAUUGUGGGUGACACUCAGCCGAUGGACGUGUGCUCGGUUCUCCACGACGACGUCCUCCUCCGAUACUCGGUCUCGCUGCUCGGCUACGGCUUCUACGGAGACCUGCUGACAGACAGCGAGAGGAAGAGGUGGCUGGGUCCGGCCAGAUACGACCUGUCAGGGGUGAAAACUUUCCUGAGCCACAAAUGCUACGAAGGCACCGUCUCAUUCCUCCCCGCCGGGGACGACGUGGGGAACCCGAGGGACGAGCUGCUGUGUCGCUCCGGGUGCCACGUGUGUCAGCGCAAGGCCUCGUCGAACGGCAAGCGGCGGGGGAUGUCAGCGGAGAAGGAAAAGUCUGGUAAAGAUGACGACAGUGGUUUGGGUGUGAUCCGUGGAAAGUUCAUCGCCAUUAACGCCGCCAGUAUGAGCUGCGCGUGUCCCCGCAGCCCACAGGGCCUGUCGCCGUACGCCCACCUGGCCGACGGCACCACCGACCUCAUCCUGGUCAGGAAGUGUUCCCGUUGGGACUUCCUCAGACACCUCCUCCGACACACCAACCAAGACGACCAGUUUGACCACUCCUUCGUGGAGGUCUACCGCGUGAAGAUGUUUCGCUUCCUGCCGCGGGACCAGGAGCCGGUUUCACUCGAGGACCAGAGUGAGACGCAGUUAGAGAAGAAUCCCUCCGGUCCCAUGUGCUCCGUCCAAACAACCUCCUGCAGCAAAGCCCACAGCAGCUGGUGCUGCGACGGGGAGAUCCUGCCUCACGCCGCCAUCCAAGUCAGUGUCCAGUGCCAGCUGAUCAGGCUGUUUGCCCGUGGUAUUGAGGAGCAGCAGCAGUGUGUUUCGGAAGACCCCUGCACACUGUGGGCCCCGGAGCCAAACACACACUGAGUGAGUGGACUGAGAGCUGUAGGGGCCACUGGAAAACACAAACUUGGCAAAAGUUGUCCUGGAAAGCCGCACAUCACAUAAGUGUAAACUCCAAAUGGUGGCCUCCACCUCUCUCUUUCAGUGUGUUUGCCUGAGGGAAAUGUGCACUAUCUGUAGAAGUGACGGAAUGAUUGAAAAAAGCUAACUCCAGAAAAAAGAUGGAAAACUGCCACCAUCAGCCAUAAGAAAAUGAAAGAUGGAGAUCCAAAGAGACUGUUUAGAUGUUCACACGGCCACAUGAAACAGAGCUGAGCUGGAUUCAUGGACUCACAGCAAUCAGACAAAGGUUUCCACGCUGCCAUCAAGGAGAAGCCAAAUAGGAUUUCACCCUAUACACAGAGGAGGGACAGCCAAGGAGAUACAGCUUUGCAAAAGGAUGAAUUAAAAGAAAUACCUGUGAAGUACACUGAUAAUAUGAAAAUGCCUGGGCUGCACCAUAAAGACCCACGCAGGCAAUCUGCUGGUCCUUUUUGGCACAAAAAAUAUUUCAUUUUCUUUUCACCCAGGUAAAAUCCGAUAUGAGCCGGGGGCACUAAUGAAAAGAACUGAAUACCCUGCUAAUACACUAACAGGACCCCGGUGGCUUCUGGGUAAUAUGGCAAAGUGGUUGCUAAGUGAUUCACUGGGUCUCAGCACUGCUGCGCUGCACCUGUGGCUCCCAGCUCUGCUCCCCUCUGGCUGAGAAACUACCGGCAGUUCAGUCAUCGCCUGGGAUCAGCCAGAACUAUACGUUGAUAAUGUUACUAGAGAUAAUCUAUUGUACGGCUCUGAAAUUAGCAGGUCAAGCUGGUCUUGAUGUGUCUGAAGAAAGGUCCCUGCAGAAGGACAGUGGCCGCUUUUAUUAUUCCUACUGCUGCUUCAUAAAACUACAUAGAACUGCCUCUAUGAUAACAAUAUCUAAAUGAAAUGAAAGAUGUGUGUGUCAGCAUCCGAAUGUCUAUCUAUUGUUAUGUGAGACAAUUUCGGCUCAACACCAUAUAUCCUUACAAAUUCAAAGGACUGUUAGAGGGUUAAGACUUGGUUUUAGGGUUAUGGUUAGAAGGAGGCUAAGAGGAAGGGUUAGGCAUUUAGUUGUGAUGUUUAAGGUUAAGGUAAGGGGCUAGGAAAUGCAUCAUGCCAACGAGUGUCCUCACAACUAUAGAGAGACAAGUGUGUGUAUGUGUUUGCAAAAGUGCCAAUGUGCUGAGUUUGUUUUAUCACAAUUAGCCUCAUGACUGCUAUUUUGCAGAUGCUCUCUCGCUGCAGCCAACACACUGCCACAAGUAUCUAGACACACACACACACACACACAUGCACACACACACACACACACAGACACAGUUUAUCUAAUGCACACAGACACACACGCUCUUUAACUUUUAACACCAUAAAACCUCUGUCCACUCUUUGAAUCCUCUCCAGUUUAGUUAACACUCACUCUGAAUGUCUGUGAUGCUUCACCUUCAGCACUGGCUUUUGACAAUCUGCACUUUGAUGCUUUUAAGUCCACACACACAAACAUGUGCCUACAGCAUGGUUUGUUUGAGAAUUUUAGCAAUUAGGGACUGACAAUGCAAAACUGAAAAAAGUCCAGAUCGUUAGGAGAACAUGUGGUGCCUACACAGGUAGUGCUAGCAUGUGAAACCCGGUGUUUGGUUUGUCCUUUCUGCCAUUUUAGGCCAAUUAAAAACAACAAUUCCACUCGGCUAGCUAACAUUGGCACGUGUUACAUGUCCUUACAUUAUACAAAUCUGGCUAGCAUUAGCCCAGCUCAUAAUAAGACGACAAUCUUGUAUCACAACUCAAAGUAACUAAUAUUUGGUUUCACUUUGUGUGGAGUAAAAGUCGUUGAUGAGGACCACCCAGGCUCACAAAGCUCAAAUGUCAAGAUUAUAAUAUACGCUGAUUUCUUAGCAGAAGAUAAUUUGCAUUUCAACUUGACAAGUUUUUUAUUUAAUCUUGUUGUGCUUUGUGAAAACACAUAAAUUAAACUGUGAUUUGAGCAGAUACUGUGAUGUAAGUAGACUUGACCUAUUUUAUGAAAAUGCUUAAUAAAGUGCCUCGGAAGUGCG